AUAGUGCCUGCAAAGUAGUCUGAGAGUAAUCAUUAGGUCGCUGUCCUUAUUAUCGAGAAGUAAAUAUUUCUUCAUGCUCCAUUUCAUUACUUUCACACAUAAUGAAUAUGAAAACCAUUCACUAUAUCAUUUUUCUUCAUGCAAUGUGUCUUGGGAACACGUACAAAAUUUUAGUUAUGUUUCCUGUACCUUCGCCAAGUCAUUUUAUUCUCGGUAGUGCCUUAGCCCGUGGUUUAGUUAAUGCUGGUCACGACGUUACAAUAGUUAGUCCUUAUAAGGAUAAAAACCCAACAGAAAAUGGAAAAUACUCCAGUAUUGUACUGAAAGGACUCGCUGAUAUCAAAGACCCUCUUGAAAAUAUCAAAUUAUUCGAGAUUGGCGAGAGUAAUCCACUUACAGCUGCACAACUUAUGUACACUAUGGGCAACGAAGUAACAAAUUCAACUCUGGAAAGUAUCAACUCGGAAAAUUCGAAUAUUUAUGAAGAGAAAUUUGAUUUGGUGAUCUUAGAGUAUUUCAAAAAUGAUGCCUUACUGGCCUUAGCUUGCCACCUCAAAACACCAUUGGUAUUAUUCAGUACGAUGGGAGCUAACUUAUGGGUGAAUUCGUUGGUAGGAAACCCAACACCACCAUCAUAUAUCCCAGAUUUACACCUGAGUUACACGGAUAAUAUGGAUUUCUGGCAACGCCUAAUGAACGUAUUCAUGUAUUCAGCCAAAAAACUCAACGACAAGUUCUUUUUUCUUCCUUUCCAAUAUGAACUUGCUAAGAAACAUUUUCCCCAUUGUGUCGGUGAGGAAGGUCCUCUUUCAAAUGUGUCACUUUUGCUUUUGAACUCACACGAGAGUGUCAACAAUCCAGUGCCAUUAGUACCCAAUAUGAUAAAUAUCGGUGGAUUCCAUAUAAGUCCUCAGAAGGAGUUGCCAAGAGACCUGAAAGAGUACAUUGACAACGCAGAAGAGGGAGUAGUUUACUUCAGUUUGGGUUCCAAUGUCAAACCUUCUGAAAUGAGAAAUGAAACUAAAAAGGCGCUUCUGAACGCUUUGGGAAAAAUCAAACAAAAAGUGCUGUGGAAAUGGGAUGAAGACUUUCUUCCAGGAAAUCCAGAGAACAUCAGAACAAAUAAAUGGUUUCCACAGCAAGAGAUCUUAG